AUGAAGGCGAACACCCUGCUUCCUGUUCUUGGCCUGUCGGGCAGUGCCCUCGGUGCCGUGGUGCCUCGGAACUCCCAGGAGCCCUGGGGAUACAAGUCCGGCUCCAAGGAAUCCAUUUCCAACCUGAAGGACAAGAUCGAGAAUGUUGUCUGGAUCCUGCUGGAAAACCGCGGAUUUGACAAUAUGCUGGGUGGUAUCCACAAGGACGGUCUCGACAACGUGGUCAACAACGGACCCUUCUGCAACCCACUGAACGUCACCCAGAGCGGCAGCAAGAAGAUGUGUAGCCAGUACAAGGACUACGACUCGGUCCUGCAUGAUCCAGACCACUCGGUUACCGGUAACAACUUUGAGUUCUACGGCACUUACUCGCCGGACAACGAGGCCAUCGCCAAUGGCUCCCUGAAGCCCAGUCUGGAUGGCUUCGUUGAGCGCCAGAUGUCCUCGUACCCGGCCAUUUCCGCUCAGCGUGCUACCGAUGAGGUGAUGGGUUACUACUCCGAGAGCGAGAUCCCCACCCUCGUCGACCUGGUGGAUGAGUUCACCACCUUCAACUACUGGCACUCGUGUGUUCCUGGCCCCACCAACCCCAACCGUCUCUGCGCGGUUUCUGGUACUCCCGAUGGCCACGGUGAGAACGACGAGAGCUUCGACGUUUCGGGUGUCGACACCACCAGCAUCUUCGAGGUUGCCACCGAGAAGGGCAUCUCUUGGCGCAACUACGACGGCACCAACGGUGAUUUCCUGCCGGACUCCAUGUUCUUCAACUGGACUGCCAAGCACGCCACCAGCAACGUUGUGCCGCUGGAGAACUUCUACCAGGAUGCCUACCUGGGCCUGCUCCCGCAGCUCUCGUACAUCAACCCGUCCUGCUGUGGCCUAAACACCAACUCCAUGCACCCCUCCGGUAACGUUUCCUUCGGCCAGGUUCUGCUCAAGCAGGUCUACGACGCCCUGCGCACCGGCCCUCAGUGGGAGAAGACCCUCCUGCUGAUCACAUAUGAUGAGACCGGCGGUUUCUUCGACCACGUUGCCCCUCCUCUGGCCGUUCGCCCCGAUAACAAGACCUACACCGAGACCGCCCCUGAUGGCAGCAAGUACACUCUCAACUUCGACCGUCUGGGUGGACGUAUGCCCACCUGGCUCGUCUCCCCGUACGCGCCCCAGGGCUACAUUGAGAACUACGGCACCGACCCCGUCACCGGUAAAUCUUCGUCCUACAGCGCUACCUCUGUCCUCAAGACUUUGGGCUACCUGUGGGAUCUCGAGGAUAUGACUCCCCGUGUCAAGCACUCCCCGGCAUUCGACCACCUGAUUGGCACCAAGGCCCGUGCUUCGGCUCCCAAGACUCUCACUAACCCCCACGUCUUCCCUGACGCUGUUUAA